CACAGCGCCCAAUAAAUGGUACUUCCUUCGCCCUCCCCUCGGAUUGGCCGAGCCCUCCUCCCCAGACUCCGGGGGCGCGCGGACCUCAGCGUGAUGACGCAAGAGCGGAGGAUGGCUCCUCUCCACCCACGGCUCCGUUUCCUAGGAAACGUGGACUCCGCGUUCCACUCUGCGACGCUGCCCCCCUGUCGUCACGCUCCGGAUGGGAAGGCGGGGCGUGUGCUACCGCCAGGGGCGGGGCGGGGCGGGGCGGCGCGGGCGGGCCGGCCGGGCUGUGCACCUGCGCCUCGGCGGGCCGCCUGGGGCACCGUCCCCGGCCCGCCCGGCCCCGCCAUGGCCCGGCCGCAGAGGACUCCGGCGCGCAGUCCCGAUAGCAUCGUUGAGGUGAAGAGCAAAAUCUCUCUGUGGCCUGAGUACCUGGAGGGCGGUAAGAAGACCUUGGACAGCGUCCCUGGUACUGGAGCUGAGUUUGACGCCGAGUUCCGACGCUUCGCGCUGCCCCGGGCUUCGGUGAGCGGCUUCCAGGAGUUCUCGCGGUUGCUGCGGGCGGUGCACCAGAUCCCGGGCCUGGACGUGCUACUUGGCUAUACGGAUGCUCACGGAGACCUGCUGCCCCUCACCAACGACGACAGCCUGCACCGGGCCCUGGCCAGCGGGCCCCCGCCACUGCGCCUACUGGUGCAGAAGCGGGGUGAGGAGGGGUACAGUGGGCAGCCUCUGUGGGCAGAAGCUGACUCCAGCGGCCUGGCUUUUGCCACCAACUCUCUGCAGCGGCGCAAGAAAGGGCUCCUGCUGCGGCCAGUGGCACCCCUGCGCACCCGGCCACCCUUGCUAAUCAGCCUGCCCCAAGAUUUCCGCCAGGUUUCCUCAGUUAUAGAUGUGGACCUACUGCCUGAGACCCACCGACGGGUGCGGCUGCACAAGCAUGGUUCAGACCGCCCCCUGGGCUUCUACAUCCGAGAUGGCAUGAGCGUGCGUGUGGCUCCCCAGGGCCUGGAGCGGGUUCCAGGAAUCUUCAUCUCCCGCCUGGUACGUGGGGGUCUGGCUGAGAGUACAGGGCUGCUGGCGGUCAGUGAUGAAAUUCUCGAGGUCAAUGGCAUUGAAGUAGCCGGGAAGACCUUGGACCAAGUGACGGACAUGAUGGUUGCCAACAGCCAUAACCUCAUUGUCACUGUCAAGCCCGCCAACCAGCGCAAUAACGUGGUGCGAGGGGCAUCUGGGCGUUUGACAGGUCCUCCCUCUGCAGGGCCUAGGCCUGCUGAGCCUGAUAGUGACGAUGACAGCAGUGACCUGGUCAUUGAGAACCGCCAGCCUCCCAGUUCCAAUGGGCUGUCUCAGGGGCCCCCGUGCUGGGACCUGCACCCUGGCUGCCGACGUCCUGGUACCCGCAGCUCUCUGCCCUCCCUGGAUGACCAGGAGCAGGCCAGUUCUGGCUGGGGGAAUCACAUUCGAGGAGAUGGUAGUGGCUUCAGCCUCUGACAGUCAGAAUGCAGCCCCAUGCCGCUCCACACUGCUGGGACAUGGCAGGGACUUCACAGUGGGGGUUUUCAGCUGGCUCACAGGGCUCCCUCUGGCUGGGGAACAUUAAAGGUUUUCUACAAAUACA